UCUGAUACCGUCUCUAAAACCCUCCUCUUUGGCCGGGGUCCUGACUCGCUCUGCUUCUCUACCAUCUCGUCUCCCUCUUAAACCUCUCUCUGGAGUCUCGGUUUUUCGCUUUCGGAGAACCACCACUCUCUUUUCUUUGGCAAAGCAAGCAAAAAUAAUGGCUUACCAAGGAGGCAGCCUCAAGUCGACCUCCAUUAAUGGGGUGAAGACGUACACUGUGGCAUCCCAGAACCGCUCUCUCGCCUCUUGGCUUGACCCUAAGAAGCAGCGAGCUCUUCGCAAGGACAAAAAUUACAUGCAAAGGGUGGACUUGAUACAAGAUUUAAGGUUUGAAACUGCAACCACUAAGAUCAAGGCAACUCCUGAUGGGCAGUAUCUUAUUGCAUCAGGUAUAUAUCCACCUCAAGUCAAGGUGUAUGAGCUAAGGCAGUUGGCAUUGAAGUUUGAGAGGCACUUGGAUUCAGAGAUAAUUGACUUUCAGGUUCUGGCUGAUGACUAUUCAAAGCUAGCAUUUUUAUGUGCCGAUCGCUCUGUUUGUCUACAUGCCAAAUAUGGAAAACAUCAUUGCUUGCGGAUUCCAAGGAUGGGAAGGGGUAUGGCUUAUGAUUGCUGGUCUUGCGACUUGCUUUGUGCUUCCUCUUCUCCAGAUCUGUACAGAAUUAAUUUAGAACAGGGACGAUUCCUAUCUUCCCUUACCACACAAUCACCAGCAAUAAAUGUGGUUUCUCGAAGUAAGCUUCAUGGCCUAAUUGCAUGUGGUGGAGAGGAUGGGGCUUUAGAAUGCUUUGACAUUAGAAUGAGAUCUUCGGUGGGUAGAAUUGAUGCUGUUGCACCUACUGGUGAUAUUGACCAGGAGGUCACUUCAUUGGAGUUUGAUGGAGAUGGAGGUUUCCAAUUGGCUGUAGGAAGUAGCACAGGAAAGGUGCUGAUCUAUGACUUGCGUUCAUCUUAUCCAAUUCGAGUUAAGGAUCACAUGUAUGGGAGCCCAAUAUUGGAUAUUAAGUGGCAUCGUACUCUAAAUUCUGAACAACCAAAGCUGAUUACCACUGAUAAUCAUGUAGUUAGAAUAUGGGACCCUGAAACGGGAGAAGGCAUGACCAGCAUUGAACCGACAGCUGGCGCUAUAAAUGAUAUUUGUGUAUUUGAUGGCAGUGGGUUGAUGUUGCUGGCUUUAGACUGCAGCCAGAUGCCAUCUUACUUCGUACCUGCUCUUGGACCUGCUCCAAAGUGGUGCUCUUACCUAGAAAAUCUAACGGAAGAGCUCGAAGAGGGUGCACAAACAACCAUAUAUGAUAAUUUCAAAUUUUUGACAAAAGAAGACCUUGAGAAGUUGAAACUGACUAAUCUAAUUGGAACAAAUCUUGUACGAGCCUACAUGCAUGGGUUUUUUAUUGAUUAUCGGCUGUACAAAAAGGCAAAAGCACUGGCAGAUCCUUUUGCGUAUGAUGCUUACGUAGAACAGCGGAAGAGAGAGAAAUUUGAAAAUGAACGUGCAUCUCGAAUUACGAUUAGGAGGAAGUUACCCAAGGUUAACCGGGAUCUUGCAGCUCGUAUUCUCGAAGGUGAGGAAGCAGAAAAUGAAAAGAAAGAUGCUGAUGACAAUGAUACUAAAAAGCCAUCAAAGAAAAAGAAAGGACUUGGCAGUGAGGUACUUGAAGAUGAGCGGUUUGCGGCUAUGUUUAGAAACAAGGAAUUUGAAAUUGACGAGUCCUCAUACGACUAUCUGUCGUUACAUCCUGUGUCUUCCAACAAGCAACCGUCUCUGGUGGAGGAACAUUUUGAACGUGUAAUGGAGGAUGAAGAUCAUAGUUUAAGCGAUUCUGAUGUCUCAGCGGCAUCUCAAUCAUCAGAUGGCGAACUUGGCAGUGACAAAAGUAAAGCAAAGAAGAAAGCACAAGUUCCAAGAUUGUAUGAAGUUAAGGAUGAGCGACAUGCAGAGGCAUUCUGGAGCGAUGUAUCACUUGCAAGGGAGGACUUGCUUCCCAUUGGAGAGAGGGUAGCAGCUCUGAAAGAUGAUCGUCGGCCUUCUGGUAUCCCAAGUGACGUUAAGUUUGGACCAGGAGGAUCACGAGAGAUUUCAUUCACUUCCAGAAGCUCAGCCAGGUACAAGGAAGACGACGAGGACAAAGAACGGCAACUUGGGAAGAAAAGAGGAGUUCAGUCAUUGGGGCUUAAACCAGAUACAUCAAGAUUUGGAGGCCGAGGGAGAGGGAGAGGGAGAGGAAGAAAUCGUGGCAGAGGCAGAAGAGGCCGUUGGUAAAUGUGUCUUUCCAUUUCUUUGUGAAUUUCCUCUCACUUCAUCUGGUCUGGCUUGGUCCGGUCCACUUGAUUAUGGUGAUGAUAAGCAUUGCAAAUUUCACGAGGCAAGUAGUAGGGUGGGUGCAUCUAUGAGCUGAUUUGGUUUUGCUGUUUUUUGUUUCUUUUCAGCUCUAACUUAAGUUAUGGAAUAGUUUUUUUUUUGUUAUAUAAGGAAAGUUUUGUACUCUC